AUGAAAUAAAUGUAGAAUUAGAAAUAAAGGAAUAAGAAAUUACUAAAUAUUUAUUUGAGAAUUUAUAAGUUGGUUUAAUCGGUAAAACAGAUGAAAAUUUGUUUAAUUAGAAACAAAUAUUGAGU